CUGGGUGUCAAACACGUACGGAUGGAUAAUCCAUGGAAAUGAUACAUCUGUUUUUAUAAGGUUUUGGAUCUAAACAAGGAACGAUGUUUCUUAUCCUUGUUGUUGUUUGUAAGAUUAUUACAGUUCAAUCACGAGAAAAUGAUUUUGCUUUGAAUUAAAAACAAAUAAUUUCUACUCUCUAUUUCUUUCUGUUUUUUUUUUUUUUUUGUGAUUAUUUAAUGCUUCAAAUCUGACCAAACCAUGAGGAAGAAGCUUGAUACUCGUUUUCCAGCUAGCUAUUGUGGUGAUAAUGGCACGGAAUGUGUUCUCUUCUGGAUUGUGGCCUGUGGGGCUGUUUUAUUUUUGAAUUAUAGGCUCGCAUAAAGAAAAUUAUGCAAGCUGAUGAAGAUGUUGGGAAGAUAGCACUGGCAGUGCCUGUUUUAGUUUCCAAAGCAUUGGAAUUGUUUCUGCAAGACCUCUGUGACCGUACUCAUGAGAUCACCCUUCAGCGAGGAGCAAAGACUAUGAGUGCUUUGCAUUUAAAACAUUGUGUACAGAGCUAUAACGUAUUUGAUUUUCUGAGAGAAAUCGUCAGCAGGGUUCCUGACUACAGUCAUGGUCAUUCUGAUUCCACAGAUCAUAGACCUCUUCAAAAGAGAAAGCCCACUGGAGAUGAAUGCAAUGACAGUGACGAGGAGUUGAAGAGAAGCAGGAUGCAUGAGAUGAGCCAUGCAGGCAGCAGUGGCAGAGGAAGAGGUCGAGGACGAGGGAGAGGUCGUGGAAGAGGUGUUCGAAAUAUAGAAAGAGAAUCUUCUAGUCGUGACCUUGAACCAGAAUCCUGCACAACUGUUCAGCAGAGCAUUAAAAAUAACACCAAUCCUGAAGUAGUGAUGGACAAUGGCUCAGAGUCUAAGGAAUCAGUGAUGGACAAUAACAGAGUCAGUGAUGCUACCAAUCAACCAGAACGAAACUUUGAUCUGAAUGCAGAGGUUAAUGAUAGCGAGGAUGCAAAGGCUGCAGCAGCACCAGCUGCUGCCACCACCACCACCACCACCACAACCACCACCUCAGCCCCCAGCUCAUCAGCAGAGCCUGCUGCUGAAACUAACCAUGAAGAAUAUCCAGGUUGGUCACUUUCUGAAAUGGACAAGAUGGUCAUUGACCCUCUUCAGCUUGCACAGCUCAGCGAAAGAUCAGAUGAGGUGGAGGAAGAUUACGACGAAGAAGGCUGAUCUUACUAUCAGCUGGCUCUUAGAAAAGAUUAGUGGUCGGGACCCAAUUAAUAGGCAUGGAGACAAGGAGAGAAGAAACAGCAGGGCUUAACCACAUAGAUGCCCAAGGUGGAAAUCUGAGAUACGCGCUAUCCAUUCUCCCUAGGCAUAGGCUGGUUCUGAAUUUCAACUUUUAUUCUGUGUCAUCAUCUUUAUGCAACCUCAGUGAUGCCAUUCUCUAACAACUUCCUAUAGUGGUAGAUUUUCUGAAAAUGUGAGAUAGUCUAUGCAACUUAACUAUCUGAUGCAGGAAGGAUGGGGUAGCCCUAGUAGAAGCUGUAGUUUGAGAAUGUUGUCUGUGAACUCUCUUUGUUUUAGUUUAGCCAUAUUCCAGUAGGAUGUAUAGCUGUUGUUGGUCUGAUACUUUACAUGUUACUUUUAAUAGCUGUUUCACAUAU